GUGUGUGUGUGUGUGUGUGUGUGUGUGUGUGUGUGUGUGUGUGUGUGUGUGUGUGUGUCUCUUAACUCAUAACCUGAACUUGUGAAAACCUUUAAGGCCUCGGCUUUAGGUUCUGCCUUGUUUUCCCAAACAAGAACAUUUUCUAAUGACAUGAUUCAAAAAGCUACACUAUUGCUUUUGGCAGCCCCUGUGGGACUAAAAGGUUUAGUGUCACCAAGCACCAGGCUCUCUUUAGAAAACCUCUGGUUUUACUGCAGCAGGGUCUGACAGUCUGCCCCGCUCAGUCCUGGUUCUGGUUCCCCUCUGGAGCUCCAACUGCAGGUCCAAGACAGUGGCAAAGCUGGAUCUGGGUCCGUCCACGGCAGGCUUGUCGCUGGCUCCGCUGGAGUCUGAGUUUGAGGAGUUUAUUGUGAACCUGCAUCAUUUCGAUGACGAGCAUUAAGAAUAAUGAGAGAGAAAUAGGCGAUGUGCUCGCUGAUGGUCUCGUUUACUCAUGUAGGUCAUACAGCGGCAUCAGCAUUAAAGUUCCUCACGGUAACUUUAAAGUAACACUGCAAACAAUCUACAGGUCAUACGGACAAAUGCAAAACACAAGGUAUUCUGAAUCAGAAUUUUGAAACAUUAAUAACCAUGUUUGCCAUGUUGCAAACCAGCAGUUGCCAUCCCAUCCCUCCGCAUGGAUUCAGUAACACCUGCUGAGCAGUGCUGAAAACUGCAUUCAAGAACCCGUCCUCAACAAACGUGAUGGGAGACGGUACGGACACUCUGCGAGGUCUGCCCCUCCCUCUCCCUCCCCCUCUCCCAAGUCACAUGGUGUCACCAGGCCCUGCACUAAGAAGAGCUAUAUUUACUGAGAACGCUGAAUCUGAUGACUUCUUUGUAGUACGUGUUGAUGAUUAUGUUUUUUGUGUCUCCCCCCCUGUAGGGAUGCCUGCAGCUUAUGACCUCAGCACAGUCAUUGGCAGCGGCCCGGCGGUGUCUCACAACAACCUCAUCCCCCUCGGUACGAAUCGCACUCCCCCCGACUUCUCAACAUCUCAUGUGAACACCGGAAUUGUAAACCACACCCACUCCAGGAUGGGCUCCAUCAUGAGCACAGGAAUUGUCCAGGGAGCCACCACGGGCCAGUCGGGUCCCAGCAGCAGCGGUACUUACUAUCCCAUCACCAACCAGUUCACCAUGGGGGGCGCCGCAAUCUCCAUGGCCUCGCCGAUGGUCAUCCCCAGCAACACCAUGCAUUACGGCAGUUAAGGCGAGGACCUCGCGGAGACCCCUUCGACCGCCCCGCCCCCGCAUGACAAGAGAUUCCCAGCCCCCCCGACCCUCCAGCCCCGACCGACGCACCGACCGCAGCCAAAACCGAUAUACCAAAACCAGUGCUGUGCUGGCACUGCCUCCCCUUGUUCGUCCCCCUCAUUCUACUUUGUUCAGUCCAUCACUAUAUGAACGGUCGAACGCUCUCGUAUCCGUCCAGACUCUUUUGUCUCGCUGACAGACGAAACCUCAUAACCCCUCCCUCCUCGGAUCCAUUGGGACUUCAACUUGUGCACAGCUGAGAUGCACAGCUGUUCUGAUCUAUCCCCUCCUCCCUUCAACAUGUAUCUGAGUCCCUCCACUUCCCCUCCUUUAUCGUUUUUUUAACGUCUUGUUUUUUUUGGUGUCAUAAUGACCUCCGAAGUGUUUCUUCAAACCCCUUUGUACCCUGAGACUCAACUCGCUGCCAGAUCCCAGCACCAGUCCGUUCCUACAGUUCUCCACACCACAUCUACACUAAAGCGUUUCAUUUGUACAGCAGGGCGCCAUUAUCAUCGACAUCAUCGACAUCAUCAAUGCUCGUCUCUGGGCUGCCAUGUAGGCUUCUCAUAUCUGAUCCAGUCCUCAAGGGCCCCGCCGCACUUUCCUCAAGAGACGGACUCACGCGAGACAAAUCACAAGUGAUUUUUUUUCACCCCGAUAUGCAGACAGUUGGGUUUUAGGAGGAGAUAUCAGAAAACUGAAGCCAGAGCACCCAAAAGAGUACGGAAAAUAUGCUUUUUAUAAUUUUUUGUGACUUGUACAAAACAAGUGACGUUCCACUUUAAAGCAGUGGUGUGGAUGCAAGCAUCAAGUUUUGGGAGAAUGGCACACCGGUCACCUUCCGUGCUGAGCAAAGAGAUAAAGCGCUGCAUUCGUCUCGUCCGCUGUAGAUUUUUAGGUUCCAGUCCUCUUUGCCAACACCUCGGCGUACACUACAACUGACAGGAAGUGGGCUCCGUGCUAGCAUGUUAGCGCACAACACGUCAGAUGAUAGUCGACCUCGUUUGAAAACAUAAGCUGCACGAUUUGUCGUUUGUCCACGCGUAAAAAGCAGUCGGUUGACACCGUUCACACUACACAAUCGAUCCGUCGUUAAAAAUCCAAAUAUUGAUCAGCGCAGCUUUAAAUGUGCUCGCACAUCUUACGCAUUCCCGCGAUAUUAGCCUAGCUCAAAGGCCAGAAGCAGGGGAAAAGCUAAAGUUAAAAAACACACCUGUCUUAGUUGGACUUUACAUAAAAACUAUUAAAAUGUAAAAAUAAAACUUUAAAAAUGAUAAGUUUACGGACCAGUUUGCCGGAGGUUUUUUCACUAACACGCAGUGUCUUGUCAUAGAAGAGCUGCUAGUUUGAGCACCCUCCAAAACUGACCAAAAAGCCAGGGGACAUUUUUAAUCUGCUCUUAAGAGAAAUGAAUAAAAGGAGUUGUCGGAAGGUGUAUUUUUCGUCAGAGCUCGGCUAUGACCACCGAGAUAAAUCUGUACCAGACUCACUGAAAUUCACUUUGGGUUUUGAUGGCAAACAAGCAUCUUAAAAUGCGCUACAUGUUCUCAUUCUCUCACUUUCGCAGCAGGUUUAAGGCUUCGAGCAGGUCGUAUCACGUACGAUCGUGUCUAAAAGGGAAGUGUGCAUAGCCGUUCUGAAAGGCCACACCAAGAGCUCCCGAGUCGAAGAGCUUUUCUUUUUGUUGCCUUUUAGUUGUGCAUACAAAAAAAGUGCCAGUUGCGAUAGCUUGAGAGAGAAUUUCAACACGGAAGGUGACCAGUGGGAGAAACUCGCCAAAAAGAAACUGUCUUAUUUUAAGCUAGAGCUGUAAACCUGCUGCUCCCAUCGCACGGUUCUCUUCACCCAAAACGCCCAGUUUUUCUUUUCUUUUUAUCCUUGUGGACAUAUCAGCAGCUCCUCCCCGGCCAGAUACCUCCGGCACAGUUGGAGGGGGGGGGGAGAUUCUGACAACAAACCGGUAAGGACCAAUGAUCCCCACGUGAUCCUCACGGAGUGAGUGAAGCUGUGCUGGAUUGGCAGCGUUCCAGUUUACAUCCUUACCAACCUCCCCCACCCCCUUCCUCCCGACCUCCUUCAAGACGAAGAGACUUCAACGUCGUGGCGUGGGAGGCAAGUCCGACCCCCCCCCCCCCCCCCCCCACCAACACUUGUCUGUUCACCAUGUAUGCCCUCCGACAUAUCACGCCCCCGACACCCUCUUCCCCCUUUUAUCAGUCGCGGAGAGAGGACUGACACACGUAUGCAUUGCUUCCAGUGUCACAACUAUCGGACUUGAAAAUAUUACGAGUUAGAAAAGUUUUAAGAGUGCUGAGGGGGAAAAAAAGUCUUUGUAGGAUUAACCUUUUUUGUUAUCUUUAUUUUGUUUCGUUUUUUUUUUUUUUUUUUUUUCUUUCACAAAAAACAACAAACGAUGAAAAAAAAAAAGAGAAAAAAAGAGAAAGCAAAUUAAAUGUGGUGGAGAUGUUCCAAAACCAUCCUGAAAUCAGGUGUUGUAGUACUUUUUAAUUUGUCGAAUAGACUGCGGACACACACCAGAUGUUUACUAGCCUAUAGCCAUCGUGUCCCCUUUUUCUUUUUGUUAUCAUUGAAUUAUUUCCUCUGUGUAGUAGCGGCAUUCACUUUUUUUUUAUCAUGGAAAAGUGUGAGGAA